GAGAAUUUGUACGAGCACGUGAAAAGCGCGAAAAGCCACGAACUACUCCACGCCCAAGUGCAGACCGGCGGGCAGGCGUUCGUGAAACGUAUACAUAGAUUUAUUUGUUGUAACUGCUUCUGCUUGAGGCUGAACCAGCCAGCGGCGCCCCUGUGCUUUACAACCUCUACCACAUGGUAUGGCGAGGAUGAAAGAUCGCGCCAACGAUACUGUAGUUUUGAUGUCCUGCAGCUGCAAGCGUGCUGAGCAAGAAGGAACAAAUAUAGGAAAACCGAAAGCGACCAACUUGUCUCUGGGUUCCGCAAGAGAGGCUUUAUAUUUCUAUCUGUUUACCGCCUCUGGAAUGGAUAUGCAUGAGCAUACUGCAUCAAAAGAUCCGAAAUUAUCUCCUUCCACAGGUCUCGUGUCCCAGAUUGACGAACUAAGUCAAAAGCUGCGGCUGCACCAGCACGAGUGUUGCUUUCUGGUGGAAGAGUACCUGCAGAACUACCACCAGGGUGGUGCUUCUUCUAGUGCAGGAUCCAAUGCCGCAGCAACGAAAGAUUUGGUGAAGGACUGCCAGAACCUGUUUUACAAUGAGCAGCAGCACGCCGCCUGUGUCUUGCUCGACCUGGCGCAGCAGCUCUCGAGCUACAUGCGCGCCAGGACCGCAGGGAACAGCUACAAGGGUGGUGCGAGCAGCUCCAGUUCGGGCAAUAUCAACAACUACCGCGACAUAUCCUCCGCGGUUUCUUCCCACGCUGGGGAUUUUCCCGUCUACGGAACAGCGCACCCUUCCGGGGCCAGCACCGCCCGAGGCGGCGGUGCGCACAGCACCACCAUGGCGCAGCAGCAACACGAGCUUGCAAUGCAGCGGCAACAGGAGCUGUUUACCGAAGAGGUGAAGCUCGCGGCGACAUUUUUCG